AUGAGCACAUCUGAAAACUAUAUUGGUCAAAAUGCCCUUAUCUAUUAUUUAUCAAAUAAAAAUAGGACAACAAAAUCAUAUUGGAGGUUCUUAAAAAAGCACCGUGAUACUAUUAUUGCUUCAAUUGAUAUUACUUUUACUUCAACUUUCUUAGACAACUGGAAAAAUCUUGAUAAUCUUUGGGCUGUUCGUUUUAUGGAUGAAGGAAAAGAUUUCUCUAAUUUAAAAAACAAGGUAAUUGCAGAACGAUUUCGAUAUGCAAAAAUAUUAAAAAUAUUUUGGCAAGAAAUUAUCAAAGAAUAUAAAGAAAAUUUAAUAUCUACUGAAGAAUAUAAUGAAAAAGAAAAUGUAAUGCCUGCUAAUUCUUCUGAUAAUGAUCACUUUAUUUCUAUUAAAAAUCAAUCCAUUUCUAAUUCAUCUCAUUUAAGAAAGAAUAUUGAAAUUCCUAUUAAAAAUCAUUCUAUUUCUACUGAAAAUAAUUCUAAAAAUUUUCAACUUAUUAACUUUUGUUAUAAUAUUCUUCAAGAACUUGAUAUUAAAUCUAAUAUUCAUCCAUUUUAUGAAAUUUCAAAUGAAAAUAUAAAAAAUUCAAUGGAUUUAUUUACAAUAAUUUCAAAAUUAGAAAAUAAUCAAUAUGCAAGUAUUGAAGAAUUUGAAAAAGAUAUUUGUCUUAUAUUUCGCAAUUGUUAUAUAUAUAAUGAUAUAGGAAGUGAAAUGCAUAUUUUAGGAGAAGAAUUGGAAUCAACUUUUAAUAAAAUUUGGACUGAAAAAAUUGAUUUUCAAGUUAAACAAAAAGAAAAUUUAAAAAGAACACGAAAUAAUGAUACUGAUUCUUCAUCUGAACUUGUAACAAAACAAAUUCGAAUUUUAGAACAAAAUAAAGAUAAGUUAGUAUAUAGACAAGUUGUGAAUGAUGCUUUUCUUAUUGUUUCAGCAUAUGAAAAUCUUGUUGCAAAUAAUAUUUUACCUUUUAUUGAACUUUUAAAAACAUUUUUAUCAACAAGAUCACAAAUAUCAUUAUCUUCUGCAAAUGAACCUGUUCUUCAAGCAAUUGUUGAAAAUCUUUUACCAUUAAAAUAUUGUAUUCCUGAAUUAUCAUUAGUAAUGGAUGGUACAAAAUUAAAAGGAUUUGGUCGAUUUGGAUAUUCAGAUAUUUUUAUUUUAAAAGGAAUAGGAAAUAAUAAUAUUAGUUUAGAAUUAAAAUAUAUUCCAUUAAUUGGAUUAAUUAAAAAUUAA